AUACGAAUUGUCAAUGUCAAAUAACUCCGACUUUUUCUCCAUUUUCUAUUUUAACUAAUAAUUUGUCUUUUAUUAGUAAAUGGUAAUAAUAAAAGCAUAAAAAUGAUACUCGAUGAAGGUCUACUGCUUUUGUUGAUUUUGAUAUUUUCAUGGGUUGAAUACACAUGGGAAUUAUAUCUUUCAUUGCGGCAGUUGAAAAUAUAUAAGACCAACAACACAAUUCCAGAAGAUUUAAAAGAGAUGCUCAAUGAAGAAUCCUUCAAAAAGGCUCGACUUUAUGGAAUUGAUAAGUCACAAUACAAAAUAGUCAAAGAAUUUUAUAGUAUAUCCUUAACAUCUAUUAUUCUGUAUAAUAGAUGGAUAUCUGCAGCAUGGAAAAAAUCUGAAAGUAUUGCAGAGGUUUUUAAUAUAAAUCCUAACCAAGAAAUUGUUAUAAGUUGUAUCUUUAUGACAUUUGUAACUCUGUUCAAUUUUGUUGUGAAUAUGCCUUUUGCAAUUUACGAGAUAUUUGUACUGGAAGAAAAACAUGGAUUCAAUAAGCAAACUAUUGGAUUUUUUAUAAAGGAUCAGUUAAAAUCACUCAUGCUAAGUCUUGUUAUCACAUUACCUAUUGUUUCUAUUGCAAUAUAUAUUAUUAUGCUUGGUGGGAAUAUGUUUGUAGUUUGGUUAUGGCUAUUUACAACUGUAGCCACUUUGCUAUUACUUACAAUUUAUCCAUCAGUUAUAGCACCAUUGUUUGAUAAAUUUGUUCCUUUACCAGAUGGUACACUAAGGAAAGGUAUUGAGAAUUUAGCAUCAAAACUUAAUUUUCCACUAUCUCAAGUUUAUAUUGUGGAAGGAUCAAAGCGAUCUGCUCACAGUAAUGCAUAUUUCAGUGGAUUAUUUGGUGCUAAGAGGAUUGUUUUAUUUGAUACAUUGCUUGAAAAACAUGAUGAUGUCAAGAAAGUCACUACUGGUUGCUCAGAAAAUGAAAUUCUUGGUGUUUUGGCUCACGAAUUAGGACAUUGGAAAUGUAGUCACAUUUAUAAAUCCAUUGUUCUCACAGAAGUAAAUCUUUUACUAUUAUUUACAGCAUUUGGUUUGCUUUUUAAAUACUCUUUAUUAUACACAUCCUUAGGGUUUCCACCAGGGCAAGAACCAGUGAUAAUAGGACUUAUUGUAGUUUUACAACUAAUUCUUGCACCAUACAACUCUCUUUUGUCAUUCUUUGCAACAGCCUUAUCUAGAAAAUAUGAGUUCGAAGCAGAUAAUUUUGCUGUUUCAUUAAACUAUCCAACAGAAUUAAGGUCAGCUCUCAUAAAAUUAGGAAAGGAUAAUUUAGACUACCCCAUUUAUGAUAAAUUGUAUUCGGCAUGGUACCACUCACACCCAACAUUGUUGCAUAGAAUUGAAAAUAUUAAAACUCAACUGUCUAAAAAUAAAACUGAUUGAAUUUUUAAUGCAUUUCUACUUGAACAGUACAAUUACUUUAAUGUCUAUUUUAAGCUCUAGUUUUAAACAUUUUGAUGCAUUUGUAUAAUAUUAAAAUUCCUGUAAAAUAAUAUAACUGCAGUCAGCAAGUUAAUGAUGUGAGUACCAUUAGUAGCAAUGGUUGUAUUAAAAUCUAUGUUAUCAAUAUAGAGAUAGAAUCAUUUUAAAAUAUUACGCACUAAAUCUGUGUUAUUUAUUAAUAUAUAACAAUCAUGUGAUAUUAAGAUUCUUACCUAAAAAUCAAAUCAUAAUCACUUAUGGUCAUUUUCAAAAUCUUAUCUUCAUACAAUGGUUAUAAUAAUUUCGGCACAAAAUUUUUGGAACUUUUGCAAAGUGUACAGUUUUUUUUGUCUACAUAAUUGUGAAAUUGUAUAAAUGGUAAGUUUAGGCAAAAUGGCCAUUAGUGUUUAUUUAAGGUUAAAAAUCUUAAUAUACUUUUAUAUUUUCUAUCAAUGUUGUUUUUUAUUUACCUGAUACAAUACAUAAAAAUAAUUAUAGAAUUAAACAUCAACUUUAAAUCGG